AUGUUUUUAAAUGUACCAUCUGUUCAGAUGAGAAAAAAGACUCAUCAUCAGAGCGCUGGAUCGUCAUCCUCGGAAACUAUUUCUCCAGUAACAACCUCUGAACAAGGAAGCGAAAAAGCGUCUGUAAGAAAAAUUCUUACCCAUGUUUCAACACUAUUGUGGCCAAAAGAUACAGGUUUGAGAGGAAGAGUGAUUGCAGCUGUUGGAUUUUUAAUCGGAGCAAAAUUAUUUAACGUGGCUGUUCCAUUCUUCUUUAAGCAGGCUGUUGAUUUGUUGGGGCCAAGUACAGAAACCAUAGUGCAAGAUCCCACAAUUUGGUUUACAAUGGGGCCAAUAUCAAUGAUUAUCGGCUAUGGUAUUGCAAAAACAUUAUCCUCCCUAUUCACAGAAUUAAGAGGUGCUGUAUUUUCAAAAGUCACGCAAGCAUCCAUUAGGAUUGUAUCAAUGAGAGUUUUCGAACAUCUUCUUAAUAUGGACAUUACAUUUCAUUUACAACGAAAAACUGGAGCUUUAAGUGCAAUAAUCGAUAGAGGAAAGAGAGGAAUUAACUUUUUACUAACUAGCUUAUUGUUUAAUAUCGUUCCAACACUAUUCGAGCUUUCAGUGGUUAGCUCUAUUUUUUAUUUUAGCUAUGGCGCAAACUUUGCUCUGACAGCAUUGGGAGCUGUAUUCUUUUAUGGAGUAUGGACUAUUGCAAUUACACAAUGGAGAACCAAGUUCAGAAAACAAAUGAACAAGGCAGAAAACGACGCAAACAGUCGAGUUAUUGAUUCGUUGAUAAAUUAUGAAACGGUGAAGUAUUUCCAGAACGAGAAAUAUGAAGCUGAGAAAUAUGAUGAAUAUUUGAAGAAAUUCGCAGAUGCCUCUGUCCACACAUCCACCAGUUUGAGUACUCUAAACUUUGGACAAUCAUUUAUUUUCUCAUUGGCAUUGACCUAUAUUAUGUAUUUGACAGCAAACAAAAUUAUGACUGGAGAUUUAACAGUUGGUGACUUGGUUAUGGUAAACACAUUGCUUUUCCAGCUUUCUAUUCCUCUUAACUUCUUGGGUACAGUGUACAGAGAAACUACCCAAGCAAUUACUGACAUUGAACAUUUGUUCUCACUGAUUGACACCAAGUCAAAUAUACAAGAUAUUUCUGAUAAGGAACUAGUGGUUAAUGAAAAUGAAGGAGUAGAAAUAGAAUUCAGAAAUGUUUCCUUCUCCUAUGAAUCAGGAAGGAAGAUUCUUGACAAUGUUUCCUUUGUUGUGAAGCCAGGUACCACGUUGGGUGUUUGUGGCCCAAGUGGAAGUGGAAAAUCAACAAUUUUAAAGCUCUUAUUCAGAUUUUAUGAUCCAUCAGAGGGACAAAUUUUAGUGAAUGGUCAAGACAUCAAAACUGUUUCUCUCGAAAGUCUUCGAAGAAUCAUGGGAUUCAUACCACAAGAUUGUGUACUUUUUAAUGAUUCUCUUAAACAUAACAUUGCAUAUGGUAGACUAGGUAGUUCUGACGAAGAAAUCAAAACGGCUGCAGAUAAAGCUCAUCUCACUGAAAUUAUUGAAAGGCUACCAAAAGGCCUAGACACACAAGUGGGUGAAAGAGGUUUGAAAUUGUCAGGCGGUGAAAAACAAAGAACGGCUAUUGCGAGAGCAAUUUUAAGGGCACCCAAGAUUUUGUGUUGUGAUGAAUCUACAUCCUCUCUCGAUUCAAAAUCUGAAAAACAAAUCAUGACAGCUAUUGAGGAAUUAUUUUCAAAAACAAGCACCAUCAUGAUUGCGCACCGAUUGUCAACCAUACAAAAUGCUGAUCAAAUCAUUGUACUUAAUAGUCAUGGCUCUAUUGCUGAAUCAGGAACACAUCAAGAAUUAAUCAAACAUGAACAUGGUCUUUAUGCCGAGUUAUGGAAACGUCAAGCUCAUCACCAUUAA